AUGAAUGCUAAGCUGCUAAUGUCAAGUAUCCUAGGAUCAAUACACUUGGUCUUAACUAAUGUUAAGGGUAGUGCCAUCAAUCCUUCAGCAAGUAGUGAGUCGGAAGUUCUUGGGGUUACCAAAUAUCCUAAGCUGGCUUCCGAGGCUGAAAAGGUUAAAGGAUUAAUUGAAGAAGACCUUAAGAGAAUCCAAUCCAGUAUCUCAGCAAGCACCCUCACUCCUAGUGAGAAAAAUAAAAUAAGCCUUUUGUACAAAAAGGUAGAAACUCUCUCAAAGAUGUGGAGUGAUCUGUCCGUUCUCCUAGAGGGGGGGGAGGAAAACUUUGAUUCUAUAAAGACUAAAGUUUUGAGCAUUAUUGAAUUGGAAUCUGCUAUCAUUCAGCAGGCUGCAACGUUAAACGUACAGAGAUAUCUUACACAAGAUUUCCUUAGUCACUUUGAAGAGUACGUUAAAAACCACGAAGGAGAAGGUAAUUUGGGGGAGAAGAUAGCUGAUUUUGCAGGAGGAUCUUUGUUGUUUGGCGUUUCCCAAAAGAGUAGUGAUGGAAACAAAGAUAAAAAAUCCAACCCUUCAGAGUGA